GGAACCGACGCUCCCGAUCGUUCCACCUCCCCGAUCGCACGCCAGAUCAGCACCCGCUGCCGCCGCCGCGAUGGCCGACGAGGCGAAGGGCAAGGGCAACGCGGCGUUCGCGGCCGGCCGCUUCGAGGAGGCGGCCCGGCACUUCGGCGACGCCAUCGCGCUCGCGCCCGACAACCACGUCCUCUACUCCAACCGCUCGGCGGCGCACGCGUCGCUCGGGCGCUACUCCGAGGCGCUCGCCGACGCCGAGCGGACCGUCGCGCUCAGGCCCGACUGGGCCAAGGGCUACUCCCGCCUCGGCGCCGCGCACCUGGGCCUCGGCGACGCGCCCAGUGCCGCCGAGGCGUACGAGAAGGGCCUCGCGCUCGACCCCUCCAACGAGGCCCUCAAGUCCGGCCUCGCCCAGGCGCGCCAGGCGGCGACGACGCGGCGCCCGGGGGGUUCCGGCGGGGACGCCCUCGGCAAGGUGUUCCAGGGCCCCGAGCUGUGGACCAAGAUCGCCGCCGACCCCACCACGCGCGCCUACCUCGACCAGCCGGACUUCGUGCAGAUGCUGCGGGAGGUGCAGCGGAACCCCGGCAGCCUCAACACCUACCUCUCCGAUCCCCGCAUGGUGCAGGUGCUCACCCUCAUGCUCAACAUCAAGCUCCAGCCCCAGAGCAAUGGGGCGUCUGAGCCGGCGGCCCCUCAGACGCCGAAGCAGCAGCCGGAGGCAAAGGCAAGGGAGCCUGAGCCGGAACCGGAACCUGAGCCCGAGCCGAUGGAGGUGACAGAAGAGGAGAAGGAGCGGAGGGAGAGGAAGGCGGCGGCGCAGAAGGAGAAGGAAGCGGGCAACGCCGCUUACAAAAAGAAGGAUUUCGAUACUGCGAUCCAGCACUACACAAAGGCCAUGGAGCUUGACGACGAGGACAUCUCCUACACCACGAACCGCGCUGCUGUUUAUCUUGAGAUGGGAAAGUAUGAUGAAUGCAUCAAGGAUUGUGACAAGGCUGUUGAAAGGGGAAGGGAACUACAUGCUGAUUUCAAGAUGAUCUCGAGGGCACUGACCAGAAAAGGAACCGCUCUUGCUAAACUUUCCAAGACAUCCAAAGACUACGAUGUUGCCAUUGAGACUUUCCAGAAGGCGUUAACUGAGCACCGAAACCCAGAUACCCUGAAGAAACUGAAUGAUGCUGAACGAGCAAAGAAGGAGCUGGAGCAACAAGAAUACUAUGAUCCAAAAAUUGCUGAUGAGGAAAGAGAAAAAGGUAAUGAGUUCUUCAAGCAGCAGAAAUAUCCAGAAGCAGUGAAGCAUUACACUGAAGCUCUCAGGAGAAACCCAAAGGACCCGAAGGUAUACAGCAACAGGGCUGCUUGUUACACCAAGUUGGGAGCCCUUCCUGAAGGUCUAAAAGAUGCUGAGAAGUGCAUAGAGCUAGAUCCUACAUUCUCUAAAGGAUACACAAGAAAAGGUGCUAUCCAAUUUUUCAUGAAGGAAUAUGACAAAGCAUUGGAGACUUACCAAGCUGGCCUAAAGCAUGAUCCGAAGAACCAGGAAUUGCUUGAUGGUGUAAGGAGGUGUGUCGAACAGAUCAACAAGGCAAGCAGAGGUGAACUCAGCGAGGAAGAAAUGAAAGAGAGACAGAACAAAGCAAUGCAAGACCCUGAAAUCCAGAACAUCCUGACUGAUCCGAUCAUGCGACAGGUCUUGGCCGAUUUGCAGGAGAACCCACGGGCUGCCCAGGCGCACCUCAAGAACCCCGGAGUGAUGCAAAAGAUCCAGAAGCUCGUUAGCGCAGGGAUAGUUCAGAUGAAGUAGUAUGUGGCUGCAAAGUCCGGAUUCAGAGUUGAGAUCUUUGCUGAAAAUACUGUGAUCUCACUUUGGCCACCGGAUCGGGUUGUGUAAGCAAAGCUUGGUCAUGGCGGUAUUCCAUGUGAUUUUUCACUAGACAUGUUCCAGAUUUGUGUCGUUUUUUUUUCGGAAUGCCUGUAAAAGUGUGAAGAGAGUUCCGUCUCUCGCAUUCGAGUGUUAACUGACGCAGCUGCAACGUUCCCUUUC